CAGGAAGUGCCAUACAGGCAUGCAGGAGGACCAGGACGAUCAGUAGGGAUAUUUCCUUAGCUAGAGGACUCUUGCUGAGGCUCUUACUGAGUUAGUCUGCCUGAGCAAGCUCGGACUUCAUGUGUGUGCUGGAGAGAGGGCGAGCAAGAGAGAGAGGGAGGCAGUGCCAAUGCAAGUGUGAAACCGUGACAGAGAAACCUAGAAGGACCGGCCAGAGUGAGGAGCACAAAGACAAGGUGCUGGAUGGUGGAGAUGCAAUGACUCCAUGACUGUGUUGCAUUACUUCAUCAUGUCAUCAAAAGGCUCGAGCAACCACAACAAACGUCUGGCAUCUGAGACAGACAAGUCCCAAAGACUGUUGGACAACGAUUCAGCACAGCAUCUGAAGCUGAAGGACAGACAACUCUUUUUUGAAGAAGUCUACCAUCAGGAUGUGAACAACUACCUUCCUUCAGCUCACCUGCAGAUAGACAGCAGAAAACCCCCCAUGGGAAGUAUCUCAUCUAUGGAGGUGAACGUGGAUGUGCUGGAGCAAAUGGACCUGAUGGAUGUUUCUGACCAAGAGGUCCUGGAUGUGUUCCUCAACUCAGGCUCAGGAGCAGACGAGGGAGCGCUUGCUGAGGUGGAGGACGACGAUGAAGAAGCUGAGGUUGUCUACCGGGUGUGUCCACCUUUGCUACGGCAAAAUGAAGUCCUCAACGGGUCCAAAUCUCGUUUGUCGUCAACGUCAUCGGGCUCCAGCGAUACAAGUGGGGACGGAGCCGACACACCCGUGAUCCAGUCAGAUGACGAGGAAGUUCAUGCCGACACACCUGUGAUCCAGUCAGAUGACGAGGAAGUUCAUGCCGACACACCCGUAAUCCAGUCAGAUGACGAGGAAGUUCAUGCCGACACCCAACUGCUGACCUCUGUUGCUCAGCCUAGGGAUGAAGAAACAGAGGAUGAAGAAGAGGAGCAAAGAGGCCCUGGUACUAAACCUUCACAAAGACUGAAGGAAAGAUAAGCAGACAGGGUGAAUAAAGGUCCAACAUCUUCCUCUUACUGCCUCUCUUCAUCUUCAGAGAAACCCCAGCAUGGUCCACCUGCUCUUGUUUGUCCUUUGAAUGUUAGUGUGCAUGAAUAUAUCUGCUCUUGUUUGUCCUUUGAAUGUUAGUGUGCAUGAAUAUAUCUGCUCUUGUUUGUCCUUUGAAUGUUAGUGUGCAUGAAUAUAUCUGCUCUUGUUUGUCCUUUGAAUGUUAGUGUGCAUGAAUAUAUCUGCUCUUGUU